UUGACAAGUGAUAGGGUACAUGGCGGCUUAUUGGCAGUCUUCGUCAACUUGGAAAUAAAUAAAAGUUUUACGUUUUUCAUCUGAAAGUGUACCGAUUCGUAGUUGGAGAGGAUGAUUUAAGCUGAAAGAACUUUUACUUAUAUAUCGCGUUCAAAUCCGAAUAUACACAGGAAAAUGUCUUCCAAAAACGAAUUAAAGAAGCUGUCCGAGGAGAGUUUAACUAGACAACCAGAAGAAGUCUUUGACAUUAUAUGCAAAUUAGGAGAAGGGUCAUAUGGCAGUGUUUACAAAGCCCUGCACAAAGAAUCCGGGCAAGUAUUGGCAAUCAAACAGGUUCCUGUGGACACAGACCUGCAAGAAAUCAUAAAAGAAAUCUCUAUUAUGCAACAAUGUGACUCUCCAUAUGUAGUAAAAUAUUAUGGGUCAUAUUUCAAAAAUACAGACCUUUGGAUUGUAAUGGAAUAUUGUGGUGCUGGCUCAGUUUCUGACAUCAUGAGAUUAAGAAAGAAAACUCUGUCAGAAGUUGAAAUUGCCACAGUUUUGUUGGACACCCUUCGUGGCCUAGAGUACUUACAUUUGAGAAGGAAAAUUCAUAGAGACAUCAAAGCUGGAAACAUUCUCCUGAAUUCAGAAGGGCAUGCCAAACUAGCAGACUUUGGGGUAGCUGGCCAAUUAACAGAUACUAUGGCCAAACGAAACACCGUGAUUGGAACGCCUUUCUGGAUGGCGCCCGAAGUGAUCCAAGAAAUAGGUUACGAUUGCGUGGCUGAUAUUUGGAGCUUAGGAAUAACGGCUUUGGAGAUGGCUGAAGGAAAACCGCCUUAUGGAGAUAUUCAUCCGAUGCGCGCAAUAUUUAUGAUCCCAACUAAGCCCCCGCCGUCUUUCCGAGAGCCAGAUCAGUGGUCUCCCGAAUUUAUAGACUUCGUCUCCAGGUGCCUUGUCAAAAAUCCAGACGAACGCGCUACUGCUACCGAACUCUUACAACACGAAUUCAUAGGAAUGGCCCAACCGGCUGCCAUUCUUAGUCAAAUGAUAGCUGAAGCCAAAGAAAUUCGAGAAAAUAUGGUCUACAGACUGAGCGGCAGAAACUUGGUCGAGUCGGAUGACGAUGAACCCGACAGUGGAACCAUGAUCAACGCUUCUGCCAAUGAUAGAACGUUGGUGCCCUCGCAAGACUUCGACGACGGAACAAUGAUUGGAAGUCGAACCAGCGAGGGUACCAUGAUUGAACAUUGCACGGGAACCCUAGUACCUCACGGCCGAAGCGGUCGAACAAUGACUGAUGAUGAUGACUUGACCGACAACUUAGGCACCAUGGUCAUUAAUACUGAUGAAGAAGAGGAUGCCGAUUCAACCAUGAAAAGGCAUCAAACUUCAGAUGGUCAGACAAAUAAGAGCAAGUAUCGUCCGUUGUUUCUCGAUCAUUUCGAAAAGAAAGAUGCUGAGAAACUCUCAGCCGACGGUGCGCCUCCCGCCCAAGUGUCUCCGGCGUCAACCGUGGCCCAACCCAUUCCCAUGACCCCGGAAGAACAGAAACGUUUUGAGAGCAACCUACAGCGUCAGCUGAAUCAAAUUUCAGCGGGCUCGACGGUUGGCGUGAUAGCACGAACAGUAAUGUCGGCACCCAGUCAAGAACCGGCUCCAGUAGCUGUUAUCCCGCCAUCAAUUCCUGGCGCCAAUGUUCAUGCGGAGAAUCCCGUUAAAAUGCAACGGCCUUUCAUGGAUGGAGAUUUUGAAUUCCUCAAGUUCCUGAGUUUUGAAGAAUUGCAGCAGAGAAUGUCCAACCUGGACUCGGAGAUGGAACGAGAGAUUUAUGACUUACGACGUCGUUACCAGGCCAAACGCCAACCUAUUCAGGAUGCCAUCGAUCAGAAAAAGAAGCGCCAACAAAACUUUUGAAUCCGGACGUCUCGUCAUCAUCACCGGGCCAACGACCGUUCUCUCACUUGUAAUCUUGUAAUGCGCGUUGUCUCGUGACGAAGUAUUUCGUUCUGACCGAUCGCCCGCCCAAAACUUACGGACGAGAAUGGACGAAAAACAAAAGACACACACAAAAACUUGGCCCCUAAUUAGGGCACAAGUUCCAAACAGUAACGAGUCAUUGUCGAAUGCCUUUGUGUUUGAACGGUGUGUAGUACGUCUUUCCGUCUGUAAGUCCUUGUCAUAACGUGCAAUUUUUUUUUUUUGUCCUUUUCCUAAAGUACCAUCUCAUUGACGAUCGUGACUUCUGAAACGAAAUGAAGGGAAUUUUCAUUAUAUAAUUGCGAAUUCCUUAUUAUAGGUGCCAUCGAUUUCUUGUUUUUCAAUUUCGUUUGAAAAUUGCCACGGUAAGCCAUGCUUAACAACAGGUCUCAAUCACAGAUCUUUUCUCUGCUGUCUCCACUAUUUUUUUC